UGGGGGCGCACCGGGAGCAAGAGCGUGGUGCAGCUCCAUGCCAUGAACGACCGUUUCGUGCGAGUGGGUGCGCUGGAGAAGGCGGUGACGGUGCCUCCCAUGCUCGUAGGAAGCACGACCUCGGGCUACGUGUUCGCGAUCGACCUCCAGACUGGAGAGGAGCUGUGGGCGACCGUGGCCUCCAACGAGAUCGCGGGCGUCAAGGGAAGCGUGGCGGCCAAGGACGGCAUCGUGGUAGUCGCGACCAACCGCUGCAUCGACCGGUACUGCUACAGGUACCGCAACCAGACCAACCCCCUCACGCCUGGCAAUUCGGUCGUGCGCAGCCUUAGAUUCGGCAGCACGGCAAACGCGGAUGCGAUGUCUCCCCUCAUGUUCGAGCGCCAGAAUUUCGGUACCACCCGAUGA